AUGCCACCGGGUGAUUUAUACGACAAAUCUUCUGCAAACGCAAUUGCUGCCGCGGAAAACAUGGACGAUGGCCGUACCUCUUCUGCCCAUAACGGUAUGCUCUCUUUCAAAUCGGUGUAAUGACGAUUUUUUUGUUUCCCCAAUGCAUUGGAUUUACAGAAGAUGUACAAAAGUACCAGCCUUCGUUCACUAUAGAUGACUGGUAUGUCAACAAAAUCAUGAAUUACAAUGACAUGGAACCGGUUUGAAUUGCUUCCCUAUCGGUAGAUUUGAAUGAUUUUGAAGGACCUCAAAAAAGUUUACGAAGCGGCCGGCUAUUGGAAAGAAAUCGCAGACAGGCUGAGAGCUGCAGAUUUUCCAUUGUUCCCUGGCGUCAGUAACACCGAGAAAUUUAAUGAUGCGCUGCGGUUAGCCUGGAAAUCAGAAAGGAUAAAGAAUAGUGCAUUCAGAGAGGACGCUCUGAAACUUGACGAUUUCUUGGAUCUUCUUAUCACCAAGCAAUCGAUCCAAAAAGAGGACCUGUAUAAGAAGCUGAGGCUUCUGAUCGCUCAAGGCGACGAAUAUCUCAAGUUCAAAGAGAAAAGUUAGUUAAAAGGAAUCAGUUGGUAGUAUGCAGGCGACUUGUUGGUUUUCUGAGGAAAAUGAAGCUUUCAGUGAAAAACCUGGACUUCUCGCUCAAGUGCAACGAGAUCUGGGAGAACGACUCGGUGGCCUACCGCUGCAGCACCUGCGCCCUGACGCCCUGUCAGUCCUCAAUCCAUUCCAGAGCCAUUCCUCCUUUGAUCUGCAGGCAUGUCUCUGUGUGCGGCUUGCUUCGAGAGCAACGGCCAUGCCGGCCACGACUUCACCAGAUUCUUUUCCCGCGAAGGCGGCGCCUGUGAUUGCGGCAAUGAGGACGUCAUCAAGCCGCAAGGGUUCGUCUGAAUCAAAUUUGGAGGAUUUUUCAUUCGCAUUGGACACAGAACAAUUUAAGGGCCAUAAAACGCGCCUUCUCACUGUUUGAAAACGGAUUCUGUUUUUUUUUUCUUUCAAAACAAGGCUUUUUUGUUUUCAAAAGUCGAAAAAGGCCAUAUCAUCGAAAAUUAUUUCUCUUGAACGUUUUGAAUUGCAGGUUCUGCUGCAAACACGGAGCCUCGGCGCUGCGACACGACACGAACUUCCUCGACGUCUCCCUGCCCGAGUUCAUCUACGUCAAACUGCUGGUGCGCCUCUUCUUGGAGUGGCGCGGCUGGGUUCGACGCUCGGAAGAUUUCUCGGAACGACGGUAUUUGCAGAGCGACAGGUUCGCAGAAGCGAGAAUUGCCCGGGAAGCGGCCAUGGAAACCCUUCAGCCGACCUCCGUCACCAGCCUCAGCUACCACUGCGACGAGGACAUCAAAUCCGCUCGUCUUCUCAUUUCCUUUCUGCAGGUUUUCAGAGAAAAUGGCUAGGGAGGGCUGACAAAUUUCUUUGUUUCACCUUCUCAUGCUUCUAUGAAUGUUAAUCCUCGAAUCAGGGUUUUUUUCAAGUUAUUUCAGAAACGGAUGAGUUACAAUCGAAAAAAUUUAGAUGGUCUCAGACUGCUUUCACAGCUGAGGCAUUUAACAUUCGAAACGAUACCGUUUUUUCCAGGAAUGCGUGAACUACGGAGGGCCGAUGCGAGAGUCCAUGGCGCGGAUUCUUCUCGACAAAAAGCUCUACGAGGCGCUCACCGAAAAGUCCAGCGACCACAUUAAUAGUCAGUUUUUUAAACUACCUGGAACAAGAUUCUCACUUUUUCAUUUUAAACUUUUCUCGAUUUCAGAACUGCACCUUAAAUAAGUUUGAAGCUAUCUAAAUGGAAAAAAAUAUAUAGGCCUUUUUUUCAAAAAAAGAAAAGUGUGUUCUUCUGCGAAUGUCCCUUUGUUAUCUCCCAUUUUUUUGUAUUUUUAAAAAAUAUUUUUAGUUAGAGAGUUUUUAACGGUCGGUGCACAGAUAUUCAGAAACAAAUCAUUUUGGAUGAUUGAAAUUCUGUUAUUAUUACGCUCAAAAAAGGGUUUUACGUGGAUAGGUUUUGUUCAAAUGUCAUCGCUGUGGUGUUUAAAGGAGCAUAGCAAUAAAGGUCCCAAGACGAAAAACUUCCGUUAGCUUUUGUUGAGGUCAUCAUAGAUCGCUGUGCUUUCAAAUUUUCAGUCAGUUUUUGAAGAAAUUAUAUUUAGUUCUGGCUUCAAAAAUAUUCUGCAGCAACAAUAAUUUUAACCUUUUUUGUGUAAUCCGCAAUCAUUCGCACAUUCAAUUCUUUCAUUCUGUGGAAAACAAAUCAGUUUUAGGCGGCGCAAUAAUUCGUGCAGAUGUGAGCCUCGACUGGAGAACUCGGAUUCAUUUCGAAAAUGACGUCAACGUGAGCACGAGAUUGGGUUUGAGUCUCUCUAAGAUCCUGCUUACAGUCGAUAAAACUGUCCGAAGAGCGUUGCAAGAUUUUCGACAUUAAAGAACAGGACCGCCUUCUCAAGUUUCGAAAGCCAUUCUCUCUUUCGUUCUAACGCGGAUUCAGAUGCUCUUCUCUGCUCGACGAACUCGUUUUCUGGAUCAUUCGUCAGACUUUCCCACAGAAUCUGAUCAACUUCUCCCUCAGUAUGCUGUCUGAAACGGAAUACCGAGUGAGAGACACAAUUUGUCGAAUAAUGAGGACUUACGCAAUACUCUUCAAAACUGAUUUUGAUGUGCAGACUUGAGGGAUUUAUGAGGUUCUGUUGGAGACUGAGUUUCUGGAGCUGGAGAAGAAGAUUAUGUGCUAAAUUAUCUACAGUAAAUUUACGACGCUUUUUCUUAUGUAGCUCCUCGGUUCGUAUCACAGAAGGGCAAAAAUAGUAUUUUUCCGCUCUGUGUCUACCAGAGACUUCACACCUUUCCAUCAUUUUCUUUUUGAGCAGCGAUGACUGGACUAUAUUGGAAAAGAGUUGCAGAAUGAGCUCGCCGUCCGUUUUUUCAACAGCUACCCGAUGGUGGCCAACUGCAUCAACGAGCUCUGUCUCUACCAGAACCAGCACGGUCGCCAGGCCGACGCGGUUCAGGGCGCCUGCAGCCGCGUCAUUCACGUUUCUGUCCAAGUCCGUUCUUUGUCAAGGCUCUAAAUUUUCGAAGUUUUUGUUUCAGUUAAUUUUUCAAAUAGGACAUUCAUAUAAAGAUUAUGAAUAUCAUCUUUAAAUUCUACAAGGCUCUUAUUUUUUAGAGAAAAUCUCGAAGUUUAGGAAGUUAAACGCUUUGAAUCGAUGUGCGACCGAUUCACACAAUCACGUUCAUCUUUUUUUGUAAUUUGUAAAUAGACAACGAAAAAAAAAGAGAUGAAAAUGUGUUUUAUUGUAGACAUUUCUUAGAAAAUGAAGUUAAAAAUUUCCAUACAGACAAUAUUUCAAUCAGAAACUGGGCGAGAAGCGAAAAGAGAAGAAAAAAAUUUUCGGUCUAUCUUUUGAGCGGUUCUUUCUCAGAAACUUGAAACUUUAGUAAACUUUCAAAUAGAUGUCCAAAAUUACAGAAGUUUUCUAAUUUCAAACCUUUAGUUCUCAGAGGCUAUAUGAGUCCAUUGAUUUUCUAAAUAAGAGAAAUAUUCUAGAUGCUGUCUUCUGAGGCUUUGUGCAAAGAGCUGAACAGGAAGUGCAAUUUGGUGAAUACCGUCUUCCGCGCGACUUAUUUCCUCCUCGCCGAGCGAACCGAUCUCACUUCCAUGACUUUGCGUACGUUUCUAGCUCUGAGACAAGAAAAAUGUGUCCAAAAGAGAAUUUCAAUUUUAAACUGUUGAAGCUAAAGUUUUUCUCUAUUCCAGACCCAAAGCUCCGUUUUUGGGAUUAUGAGAACGAUUUUCCGAAGAGCGAGAGCCUCACCUGGAGGGUCAUGAACAUCGAACAGAACGCGGUUUGUUUUUUAUUUCAAUGGAAAAUGGAAAAACACACAUCAAAGUUGAAAAACAAAUCAAAAUCCCUGAAUAAGCCUUUUUUCAGAUUUUGAGCCCUGAUUCCUCGAAAAUCUGGCCGAACUUAGGAUGAGCCUAACCGCAAAGUGAAUUGAAAUCUCUUUCAGAAAAAAAUAAUAUUGUUAGCAACAGUAGAGAUGGAUUGCAGUCGCUGUCGCAGCACGGCUACUGGUUCGUGAUGGGCGACAUGCAGAAUCUGCUGUCGCACGCGUCGAUCGCCGUCGAUACCGUACUCCAUCCGGUGGCCUUCUGCGAGACCUACACCAACCUGUUGUGUCGGAUGCAAGGUGGGAUAGGAGGUGGAGCAACUCUGGAGAGGGAUCUUUUGAAGGGAUGAACCAGUCCUGGCGAAUCAUUUCCGGACAUCAUCGGGAGCAUGACGUCAGCGAGCCUGUUCAGAAGUCUGUCCUUUUUCAAGAAAACCAUAAAUUUGCAGGAGAGAAUCAGAACCUCAGAAAGAUUAAAAAAAGAUUUUUGGAAUCAGUGAGGAGAACAAAAAAAUCGCGUAUAUAAAUAAUUAAUUUUCUGAGAAAUUUUAUUAUAAGCAUAUUCUCCUAAAGUUUGAGAAUAGAGGAAAUUUUAGGAAAUUCUUUCAACUUUUUAAUUAGUUUUUUUCUUCCAAUAACAUUUCAGAGCGUUCACUUUGGAGUUUGAAACGUCGGCGGUAACGCUUUUUAACAUUGUUUCGGCGAUUCAAAGCAAGAAAGAUACGAAUGCGGCGAUCGCCUUUUUCGACCACAUUCUCCUAGUUCUGAAGGUCUGACGCACCUCAGACGAGGGGAACUCUCUAAGUUUUAGAUAUGGCUUGAUGAACUGCGGCUGUACCUUUCUGGAGACCAAGAUCCUGAAGAAACGACGGCUCCAAAGGACCAAAUCGGCGCCUGUCCGGCCUACACGGUCUCUUUCCACAUUCCGCUGCACAGGUCUGUUCAAGGCAUAUUCUUGUCUUGUGAAAACAUAUUUUUCUUGUAUCUUUCAUUUUGAACCUGCACUUUUCGAUAAAGUCGUGCUGAUCUGUGGCUUUCUCUAUAUAGUUGACCAACGGCUAGCUUGAGACUCGAAAAGCCGUGUCACUGUCUGCGCUCUCCAUCAACUAGAUGAUAUUUCUUUUUUUUUUUCAUUUUUUUUUAUCAUUUCAAGACCCUUUUUCGAAUUGCUCAAGCCAGGAUCGGAUAUAAAUAAAACUUGACGAAGUGGGUUUGAAAAAAAACUUUUCUGGCUAGAAUCUAAGCAAUUCUUUAAAAAGAAAAAAAAAACUUCUUUGAAAGCUUGAUUCCUUCUUACAAAAUGGCUCCUGAUUUCAAGCAUAAUUGUGCUGGAUCCAGCCCCGGAGUACAUGAGUUCCGGGCUUCCAAUUCAAAGUACGGCCUACUCUUCAAAAAAAAAAAACGGCCUAAUUUAAUGCAUUUUUGUCUUUUUUUCGCGCGCAAAAGAAUUGAAUGGGAUCCAGCUCACGUAUUUUUAAUGGAGAAUCAAUUUCAGACUAAAUUUAUGAAAAGAGUUUACAGACAUCUCUCGACGGCCAUCUCUCACUUUUACAUUUUCGACGAGUUCCGGACGCACCUCGUCGAACUUCUCAACGAUGAACUCACACUUCGACUGCUGAUGCUCCAUCCGCUCCGUGUUCAGGUUUUUCUCCGUUCCUUUUUAUUACAUUUGUCAUUUUAAGCCAAAUUUCCGACUUCUCAUACUAUUUUCAUACAAAAAUGGUGUCUGACGAAGUUUAACUUUAAUUUUGACCAGCGAAAAAGUUUUGAUCAGUAUAUUUAAAAUGAGGGAUAAAUAUUUGCUUUGGGAGCUUCAACCGGCCCUGGCUUUUAAUCAAGAAAAGAAAAAUUUUGUUUAAGUUAAUUUUCAGGUGGCGAGAACUGAAUUCAACGCGAAUAUGUGGGUUCGAAAUGGGAACCAAUUGCGGGCCCAGGUGAUCAUCUACACGCAGCCGCACAUCAACACCGCCUUCCAAAGUCCCGACAUCGAUCUCAUAAGGUAAAGACUUUCAAGUUUUCUCUGCCCAACAAAGUUUCUUUCAGAUUCUGUGCGGCUAACAUCGAUCCGGACUGGCUGAUCGAGGCGCUUCUCGACAACUUUUUGCUCAGUGGCAACUUCCACCUGCCUAAUCGGACAGGAGCGUUGGUUCAAGUUCCCGUCACCAACAAUGAGAACUACUCCAACAACGAAAACAACAACGAGCAGCCGAUGGAGGACGAGGUGGACCUCAUUCGGGACGAAGCCGAGGGCUUGAAUGUGAGUUUUACUUUUUCUGUAUACAUUGUUUUUUAGUGUUCAAAAAAAACUGUUUAUUGCAUCUUCAAUGUAAGAAUACAUGUGCAAUCGACUUUCAUUGAUUUAAGUGUGUUUUUAAACGGCGGCAGGAGCUUUGGCUUAGGCAGAGAAGUUGUGAACUUUGCUCGUAGAACGUCAGGUACAAGAGAGGACUUUGAAGAUCUCGUAGCCUUUCUUGUUUUUGGAGCUGGACGAAGUCAAAUUUAGCAUGUGACCGUUCGUUUUUUAAUGGAAAGUUUUCAAUGAAGUUUUUUAUUUGAACUCUUCAAUACCUUAUACAUUGAAGGAGGACCCACAUGACGAAGGAAAUGAGCUGGAGGAGGCGAAACCGAGAGUUUUCUUUGAGCGGAAGCAGGUUGAAAUCAGCAACCCUGCUUCCUCCGUCGAGAAUCACCGACAUCCGCUGGUCGUCAUGAUCGGCGAGUGGCUCGACUCCAUGAUUCACGGCAUGCUCAAGUUCGUUUCAGUAACGAGGCUCAGAGAAGAUAAUUCCUUUCUUUUUGCUUUGAUCUGAGAUUUUUUUCAACUAGGAACUGUGUAGAUAUGAGUUUAGAAUUUUUUUAAAUCUUGUGUAAGAAAAAUUUUGAGAAUUUUUUUCAUCUUGGUUCAAUUAAAUCAAUUUUUUUGGGCUAGAAUUAAGAUUGAAAAAGGUAGGACAAUAUUGAAACAUUCCACGAUCAAAGCAUAUGUUCCCAAAUUCUCCCUACAUUUAUUUCGUGAAUUUUAGUACUUGUGUGUGAGAAAUAAAACACUUCUGAUUUUUUUGAUUUGAAAGAAAAGAUACUCUGAAAUGGAGCCCCAAAAGGGCGCCACAACUCCUUUUCUGACAUUUCGACGUUUUCUCGCAGCUAGAUAACGACGAAAUAGUGUGUAUCAGAGAAAGAGUUGUGUCGCCCUUUUGGCGCUCCAUGUCAGAGUAUCCUCGACUUUGUGCAUAUAAUUAGAUCCAAAUUUCUUCCGAAAAGCGCUAAAAAUAUUAUUUUCAGACUUUUGUGCGAGCUCGUAGUGAUUUGCGUCAACUGUGGGGAAGUGGACCGAAAAACGUACAAGUAAGCGUCAACUCGAGUUUUUCUGGGUGGAAAGUGAGGAUUUGAGAGCGGAGGUGGUGAACAGCCUGGCGAUGGAGUCGAUGACGCACUCGCGACUCCGCGGCUGCAUCACGGAGAAGGGCAGCCGCGGCAACGAGACCAUCGACCCUGUCUUCGACAACAUCCUUGCCGAGGUUCCUACUCUCUCCGCGAAAAAGAGUUUCCCAGUGGUCUUUGGAAAACUUCCUCUGAGUUUUCAUUGAACCACGUACCAUAUCAUUAACUUUUUCUUUAUUCUUCUCCUUUUUCUUUCGUACCGCUUAAGCGGCGUCCGCGCCAUAAGUCAAUCAGACAAGGUACUAUCCUAAUAUCAGCGAUACUCAGUGGACUGCUUUUUAGGUCUUUCUCAGUUUCAGUUUCAGCUUGUUAUGUCUUUUCAAUUUCUCCGAUCCCGCCGAAUUAUGCUUGAAAGGAGUUUUAUUAAUUAUUAAAUCAAGCCGAAAUUCGGCAGUUAAUUUCAACUUCUCAGCUUCGACUUUGCAGGUGGCCGAUUUUGUCGAACCUGACCCUACCAGCGGCGCUAUGAAACAGGGAAACUACAAGUUGAAACCGGAAGUCCUUGAUGAACCACUUCCAUUAAUCCAAGAAAAAUGUCUUCUAGAUGUGGUUCGAAGACUUUUGCCCAGUUUUCUGCAUGAUGCGCGCUGCCGCUCCGAGAUAUUGUUCCGGAGUCCUUGCGGAUGCCGUCAAACGGUUCAGGAAUUCGUUGCAUCAGAAAAACUCUGUUUUGGUUUGAAGAGACAAGGAAAAUGCUUCGAAAUGGUUUCCGCUAGAUGGCGUCAAGCUUCGGUCAGAAGUUUUUUGGACGCCUUUCCGUUUGGUUUCGUUUGAAAAGGUUUCUUUCAAAUAAUUCUCAUCUCAGUCGAGUUUUAUUGCAAACAAAAAAUCAGAUUUUUGACCGGCAUAACUUUUGAAACGUUGCGAAAAAUAAUGGGAACAGUUUUUUUUUUCAAAAUUUACCUCACAAUUCAGAGAAACAAUCUUGAAAACUACCAAAAAAAAACAGAUAUCAAACUUCCAGAGGCAAAAAUUUGAAGUAAUUAGCUUCACUGAUUAUACAGAGUUUCGGAAACUGUGAAAAAGGUGUUACUUUUAAAAAAAUAAAUCUAUUGAACUUUCCUCGCUGUCGAAUUCAAUCGCUAAUUCACUUUUCAAAGGGAGUUCGACACGAUUCUGUCAGCAAAAUCGGGCGGAUUCUCGUGUGCGAUCGCUUCAUCCAACUUUCGCUUUGUUUGCUUGCCGAGGUUCCAUUUAAUCAUCAUUAUUCUUCUCAAUCCAAUUUUUUUCAGUAUACAGAUGACGAUUUGGCUUUGCAAAUGACGGUUUAUUUGUUGACUUUGGGCGUCAGGUCAGCUUCAGAGACUUUCUUUGAACCUAGUUCGAUUUUUUCAUUUCUCAGAUAUGCUAUGUCGAUCGAAGACGACGAAAAACGGGAGUCGGCUCUGGCUCUGUUCCACAAAUCAUAUUUUGUCACUAAAUUGAAAUCGUACGUUGGUUUUCCGCACCAAUGAAUAAAAUAAAUUUUCAGUAAUUUUUCUGUUUUCUCCUUUUUCCGACGAGUUUUUCUGCGCAAAGCCGAGGUUUCAGAAUGCAAACGGGUUUUAAUCGAAAAGGUGGAUUUUAUUUUUUUGCAUAAGACAAUUUUCUAUUUUACAGGUGCUAAACGGGAGGUUCAACGCGAUCCGCGUUUGCGGCGGGGCUACCGUAUAUUUUGCUCGUUUUUUGGCCGUUUUGUGUAGUGGGUGAGGCUGGAUGAUAAUGAAAACGGAUAGAAUAAUCUUUUUUUUCCAGAGAUGAGGUUUCUCGAGCAAUUCUAAUGGACGACCUUCAGCAGGAGAUGAGUCUCGUCGCAACUCCGGUCAAGGACGAAGAGGUCGAGAAGAAAAUGGAGCAGCGGAAGAAAGAGGAAAGAGAGAGACGGAAGGCCAAGGUGAUGGCCAGCUUCAACAAGAACAACAAGACCGUGAUGGCCCAUCUGAUGGACAAGGAGGGUAUGACGCAGGCCGACGUUGAUCACAUCGACACCAGCCAGGUCUCUCAUCAAUCACUCGAUCAAGAGCUAGAUAAUGCUCUAUGAGAAAAAUAGGAAGUGCGCGUUUAUCGAAGCUUCUGGUGACGCAGGAAGAACACAUGAAGAUCACUUCACAUUCUAUAGGAGAAUUGGAAUAGAUUUUAAGAGCAUUCUAAAAGAUUUUUUGAAUCUUUUUUUGACUCUGAAACAAGUCGAAGAUUGCAGCCGAACGUCAAGCUCUAUGAGUGUCCGAUCUGCGGCGACAUCGAUUCGCCCUGCACUCUCGACAAGCCUUUUUGCAUGCUAAUUAAGGUAAAAGAACCACAAACCCAGACUUUGAAAGUUUAUGAAUCCUUCUUGACCUUUCUCGUGAAUAAAAACUAGAAUGAACAAGCUUGGAAAAUCGAACAUCAGUAGUUUUUGAUUUUUCUUUCAGUUUUUCUAGUCUACUUUCAUAAAUUCCACAGUUGACCAAUCGCUUAUAAAAUUUCUUUCCAUCAGGUUUCGACCAACUUUGCGGCGGAAAACCAGGUGGAGAGGUCGUCGGAGGAAAAGACGCUCCUGGAGGCCGAAAAGGAGAACUACAGCCAGAAGCCCAACAAAACUCGUCGUCACUGGAUCAACGUCCGCAAAGAACUUGCCAACUAUGUUAGAAUUACUCUCUUUUUCCACCUGCUAUUGACGGUUUUGUUCCUGAAUGAGAGAGAAUUAAGCUUAUUUCAUUCGCUAUUAUUUCUAUUUUUACCGAUUUUUAUAGGGACUUUUUAUUUUAUAAAUAUUGUAAGAAAAGUCUUCUCAAGUUUUUUCCUCAGUUUUGAGAUUGAUUUUAGAGUUAUCCUAUCAUAUUAAGCACGAUCUUUGAAGUUUUAGUUCUCAUAAAAUAUUUUGAAGCAUUUACUGCACUCGAACUUGCUGGAAAACGUGACCGGAGUGGAGCUGAAAACUUGCGGACACACCUCGCACGUUGAAUGCUUCGCCAAGUAUCGUCGCUCAGUUCAGGUCGGUCCUGGUGGAGUCCAACUCCAAAGAAGCCAGUUUCUGUUCAGAUGGCAGACCUUCGCGCCCAGCACGACCGCUAUCGCGAGAUUCCUUGUCCGCUGUGCCGAUUUCCGGUCAACGGAGUUCUGCCGCUCACCGUCGACCUCGGCUUCGAGACCAACAGUAAAGGAUCUUUCGACGAUCGCCACAAGGUGCGCAUUCGGCGGAGAAGAAAGCAGUUUCUGUACUUUUUGCAGGCUUUCACCACUCUUCGUGGAUGUGUGGACAACGCUCGGAAAACUUUUGUGGUGAGAGUUUUUUUCCCGUUUAUAUAUUUUUGAGAAUUCGAUUCUACAAAGUAAUUUUUCUUUGUCUAUCUUUUUCACUCUCUGGCGGCUUAACUUCGCGGAAUUAUUUUUUUUUCUCUCAUCUAUCUUUUCCCACAGAAGCCCCAAGAUGAGAAGUCCUACCGGAAGCACUACGGAUGCGAGGAAAACGGGGCUCUUUCGGAGAUUCGGCUGAACAGACAGCGACACGACGACGCCGCCGAACGCCGCAUUUCCGACUCUCGCUGCACCAACAGUUCUUUCUUCUUGGCCAUUGUUGUGUGCGUAAAAAUGCCCUCUUUUUGCAAAAAAAAAAGGAGCUAUUUUAGAGCCACUAUCGAAAGGAGAAUGAUCUUCAAAAAGCUGGAAAUUUCGGAGAGACGCAAGAACACAACUUCUAUCGUAUCUGGUUAGAAUUUUUAAGAUUGAGACGAUAUUUUCUAUUUUGAAAAACACUGAAUUUGAAGCUGAGCUCCAUAUAUGUCUGUUUAGUCAUCACCUACCGGAAUUUCUCUGAAAAAAAACAUAAAAUGUUGAAAAUGUUUGUUUGAAAAGUGGGACAAAUUUCACAGGAAGGCACACAAUUUUGCUAUAAGUAUGAUUUUUUUUUUCCAAGCUUUCCACUGCUCGAGACAGAUGUGAUUUAGAAGAAAGUACAAGUUGUAGCCUGAAGGCAUUUAUUAUUGGAAAUGGAUUUUCGAUAAGUGGAUAUUUGAACUUGUGGAAAUAAUUUUUGAAUUAAAAAAAAGCUAUCGACUUAAAAGAGUAUGAUAAGCAACAUUAAAAACUUUAAUAAUUCAUGAACAUGUGUUCAGUUGUUGAGACUUACUGAGUUGGGAUUGAAUUUGUUUUUUUUUCCAAUUCCUUUGUUUAGAACAUCUCCUCGCAUCGUCAGUCGCUGUUUCUGUUCAACACGACGAAAACGCGUGCAUUGCGGCCCUCAAUGAGCUCAUUCUUCAGCCAAAUACCAUCGUUAGAACUUCCCAGGUUCUCCUUAAAUAUUAAUGUGACAACCAGUUUGGUUUGAACUUUUUUUCAAACAGGGAGAAUACAAGGUCGAGUAGUACAGCUCAAGAAUCUGUUUUAUUUUACUGACUAUAGACAGUCUCUGGCUUCAGACGUCCCUGGAAGGCUUGCUGACUGUGUCGGACCCGGACAGCGACUUUGGUGACGGCUCCGACUUGAUGGCAGACGAAAGAGCGGCCCUCCGUUCGGUUUGAUCAUCUACCGUCCCAAAACCCUGUUCCUCCUGCAGACUUCUCGCAGCGAACGCGUCCGGAGACACUCGAUGUCCUUCGAGUCCCUCGGUCCUCUGACGCCGGUCACGCAGCAAGUCCCCCUGCUCCUCUACGAACCGCGCAGUCUUCUCACUCGUCUCAGCGCCUACGUCAUCGACAACCGAAGUCUUUCCAAGGAGGACAAGACUCGUUAGUUUUGCCCUACUUCCUGACCACUUCUAGGCUUGACUUACUUAAAUGUUCCACUUUCACAUAUUUCAGGAAGGUAUCUCUCAAAAUUGGAGUAACUAAUUUUCACGUUUUCUUUUAUUGUUUUCGCGUAGUAAUUGAAAUCUAUCAGAUAUGGUUCGAAAGAUACUUCUAAAGAAGCUUUUUCCAAAACAACGUAACUAUAGUUAACUCUUUAGAUUAGUUGAAUGGAUUUUGAAGCAUAUGGCGCACUUGAAGAUUAAUGAAAAAAAAAUGACAUGGAGUUUUUCAUUUUGAGAGCUGUGCAAAGUUUUGGCUGGCUACAUCGUCGGCAUGGCCGCGGUUCGGGCGACCCUGCGGCUGUUGCUGCGCGGAGGCUCGCGCAGAUUGAGACGUCUGGCCAAAGGUCAGCAAUCCGUCAUCCCGGGCCUCGACAAGGUUCCUCACCUUCACUCUCCAAACUUCCAAACCUUUUCCUUGCUUCAGACCAUCUCCGACUUGCCGCGGCAAAUCUCCACAAAUCUGUCGUCGAGCGAGCCGUUCUUCACCAGCGUCCUGCUGGUCGGCAUCGACGAAUCCGAAGAGCCUGCGAUGAUCGACGACGACGACGUCGAUUUCGAGCGAUUCGACGACGCGCACUUCGCACGCGAACUCAACUUCUACCUCGUCGAGUUGCUCCGUUUCAUCUGCGAGCUGUGGUCCGAGUCUGGACUCAUCAGUCGGGAAGUCCCGGACGGGGAUAUUCCCCUCAGAGAAGCUUUGAAGGCGGUUGGCCUUGGUAAAUAUUCCAGCUUUAUUCACAAAUCGAAUUUUUUCCUUCAAGAUACCAGUUGUCUUCGAAACUCGCCUGACCAAGUGAGCAGUUGGAUGGGCAACUAUCAGACGACACUUUCCUGCGCGUCGAGGAUACGACCAAAUGUAUGCUUUCUUUUAG